AUGAGGUGGGUGCUAUUAGUGCUCCUGCCGUUGAUCGCCUCGGCGGCAACCACAUAUCAACAUCGGCAAACUUAUUCUAGCCUACAAUGCCGAGUCAACGACCCAUUAUCAUGUAAUCAGGCGAAAAGCGAGGUGUGCGUCUUCGUCAACGGCCAAUACCGCUGCGAGUGCCCCGUCGGUGUCUCCCGUCUUCCCGACGGUCGAUGCAUGGUAGUCAACGAAUGUGCCCGACCAUCCCUCAACGCCUGUCACAAAGAUGCUCAAUGCAUCGAUCUGGCUGAAGGAUACACGUGUCGUUGUAACUCCGGAUUCGCCGACACGUCACCAGACAAGGUCAACAAACCAGGACGUCAAUGUCAGAAGACGAUGAACGAGUGUGGAGCCAAGUCGACUUACGGAGUGGACUGUGAUGAGAACGCCGCCUGUGUGGACACUCCAGAAGGAUUCCAAUGUGUAUGUCAACCUGGAUUCGUGGAUGUCUCCACUUCGAUCUCCAAGCUCCCUGGAAGAAAAUGUGUUGAAUCAGUCAACGAGUGCACCAACGGAGAAGCCGACUGCUCCAACAACGCCGACUGCUUCGAUCGUGCCGAUGGGUACGAAUGCAAAUGCCGUCCAGGAUUCGUCGACGCCUCCCCAAAUGUAGACAAGUAUCCAGGACGUGUCUGCAACAAGCCAAAGGCUCCAGAAUACUACGGACAGCAGUCUCGCCAGCCACAAUGUUCCGAGGGAUCAGGAUGCGGACCUAAUGAGGAAUGCAGAUUCAACACUGCGGGAGAGCGUGUUUGCCAGUGUAGACGUGGAAGUGUACAGCAAUCGAAUGGAGUCUGCAAGGUUUUCAGUCAAUGUGAGCAGGCGAACGAGUGUGACAGAAAUGCGUUCUGCUCGAACACCUACGAUGGGCCAAAGUGUCAGUGCAAGGAUGGAUUCCUCGAUGUCUCACCGGAUCCAAUCCGUCUUCCAGGAAGAAAGUGUCAACAAGUGAAGAAUGAAUGUGCCGAUGGAUCACAUGACUGCUCGCAUCAAGCCGAUUGCCAAGACACACCAACCGGAUACAUCUGUACAUGCAAGUCGAAUUGCAUUGAUGUCUCCUCCAGAUACAACUUGCCACCCGGAAGAAAGUGCAGCACUGCCGCCAACCAAUGCUCCGACAAAUCUCUCAACUCCUGCGACGAGAACGCCGACUGCGUGCAACUCCCCGACGGAUACACGUGCAAAUGUUUCGCCGGAUACGUCGACGUCUCCUCCAACGCGAACCUUCCACCCGGAAGAGUGUGCACCCUCUCCACCGCUUGUCCUGCUCAGCCAACAGAUUUGGUUUUCCUGAUUGAUGGAUCCGGAUCGAUUGGAUCAUACGUCUUCCAAACUGAAGUGUUGAGAUUUUUGGCUGAAUUCACCGAACUCUUCGAUAUUGCUCCACAGAAGACACGUGUUUCCGUAGUACAGUAUUCGGAUCAGAUCAGACAUGAAUUCGGAUUGGACAACUAUUCCGACAGAAAAUCUUUGCAAAAUGCCAUCAGAAAUAUCGAGUAUUUGACUGGAUUGACUAGAACCGGAGCCGCCAUUGAGCAUGUCGCAAAUGAGGCAUUCAGUGAGAGACGUGGAGCAAGACCAGUCGGACAGGUUUCCAGAGUUGCUAUUGUUAUCACUGAUGGAAGAUCUCAGGACAACGUGACCCGCCCAUCCGACAACGCCCGCAAACAAGACAUCCAACUCUUCGCUGUCGGUGUCACUAACCACGUCCUCGACGCAGAGCUCGAAGAAAUCUCCGGAGCCAAAGACCGCACAUUCCACGUCUCCGGAUUCGAAGACCUGAAUACCCGCCUCCGUUCAGCCAUCCAACGUGUCGCCUGCCCACAUCAAAACAACGAGGACACUUACAACAAGGGACCAUGUGACCCAAGCAAUCAUAACGGUUGUGACCGAUCUUUGAACCAAGUCUGCCAACAAAAAGACGGAAAAUUCGUGUGCGUCUGUCCAGCUGGAUUUGAUAUUCACCCAGUCACCAAAGUCUGUGGAGGAGAUAUCUGUAAUCCAGAGAUCGCCACGUCAUGUCCAGAUCCAGAGAUUUGUGAGAAGACACCAUUCGGAAACUGGAGAUGUACUUGUCCAGCGGACUUGGGAUGGAGAGAUAAAUUCACUGGAAUUUGCACUAUCGAAUCGCUACCAAUCGGUAUCGGAAGUCAAUCGUCUUCACACCGGCUGCUGGAUCUCUUCUCAACUGCUCACAUCGACAAGUCAUAUGCGAUCACCAACGCCAAGGAUACAACAUCGUCGACAAUGCUUAAAGAGAUUCCUCCAACUAUGGUGUUUCUCCUAUUGAGAUUGCUCUAA